GCGGCACCACUGAACUGUAGUUCAUUGGGUGGCAUGGAGUACAGGCGCUGGCAUGCUUUUCACCGCUUGACCUGCUGAACUUGACAGCGUCUUGUUUCACUCUAUCAUCUCACUCUAUAGAUUUUAUUUCACUUUACUCCUUGGGAAUCAAUUCCGUUUAGAUAGCUUCAGAAAUCAAAGAAAAAAGCGCAAUGGGGUUCCUUAUGUCUAAGUCCAUGGAUCAGAGCCUGAAGAAGCAACAGGAAUUCAUGGUCCUCAACUCACGACUCCAGUUGGAGCGCCAGAUUCAGAUGCAGAACCAGAUGAGGGAGCGGCAGAUGGCUAUGCAGAUCGCAUGGUCCAGGGAAGUCCUCAACUACUACGGUGCAUUCUUCAGUCUGGCAACCCUGGGACUCACUGCUGGAGCUCUGAAGAGAAAGAGGCCAGGGCUUUUAGCUCCAGUGGUUCCCCUCAGCUUUAUCCUGGCCUACCAGAUAGACCUGGCGUACGGGACGCUAAUGCAGCGCAUGAAAGGGGAGGCAGAGGCCAUCAUGGUAUCGGAACACGAGCGCUUGGAUCUACCUCACGGGGCGCCCACGUUCGAGAGCAUCGAGAAGGCCCGGCGAACCCAAGCGCAUCUUUUCUUCGAGAAAUGACCCUCCAGAAGUCUCCACUCUCCCACUGCCCAAAGGGGAAUCAUCUACAACUCACACACAGAUGCAAACACCUGAUUAUUAACGCUUAUGAUAUGGCAAUAUCUGGCUAUGACAGCUACUCAAAGUAUUCAACACACACACUCACACACACACAGAGGCACACACACACACACACACACACAAAUCAGCUUUGUGCCUGGGGGAUGGGCAGGGGAUUUUGCAGUUACCGAGAUUGAACACUAGGGGGCGAAGAGGGUCGGGAAGAAACCAUCAAGAUGCGGAGUAGGAGAGCUGAUCCCGGAUCAGGUUUCCCUGUCCUUAUCCAAACCUUAUCCAUCAAGAGCUAAAAUGCUAAACUGAUCCUAGUUCAGCGCUCCUAACCUGAGAUCCUUUAUGAAUAUGGAGCUCAAAUUCCUUCCCUCGUGAAUUACCGACGUGAGGGAAUUGAGGAAUAAAAAUGAGUGCCACUAUUUUUCCCUCAAACUUGCAUCCAAAGAAUUUAAAUUGGUAUUUGGUAUUUAUGUCAAAAAUCAAUAUCUAUGUUUUUGUCAUAUUUCUUGUUGUUGGUGGGGUGGGUUGGGGAGGGAAGUAUUAAGCAGAGAAACUGAAAUAGUCACUUGGCAAGUUGGUCAUGGACUCAUGAAGCACUGUAGAAUUUUUUUUUGCUUGAUACUAAGCUGGUUGCACUAGUAUUUAUUUAGUUUUUGUCCAUCUGUGUUGACGUGUGAAGUUCCAGGGAUGUUUUCCCCUGAUCGAUCGAUCGAUCGGGAAAUGGUGAUUUUCGGAUCCUGGACAGUGCCGGGCUGGUACAGUUCGGUUUUAUUGUUUGACGUUCUGUCCCACUUUGAGCUAGCAAGGAGUGCGGAGAAGCUGGAGAUGUGUGUGCUUAUGACUCGCUCAAAUCCUCUCUCUCUGGUCAACGCACUCAGGGUCUGGAAAGCAGCAUUUCUUCGCAUGGUCAGGAAAAACCGCGUCCCUGCAUACAAACCCACGCCUGCAGACUGUAACUCUAUCUAUGUCUGGGUCGUGAACCCAGAAACCGCUGGUUUUUUGCCUGGGACUGGGCGAGACCCAGGGGCGUAAGGAUGAGACUUUGAGGGAAGGGGUCUGAAACCCUAGUCCUGGAGAGCCGCAGGGUCUUCUGGUUUUUCUCCCCCCCCCCCCCCUAAAAUUUCAGACCCAAGAAAACAGGCGAGUUCACUGCGAAGCCAACUGCUUCACCUAAGUGCUGAGUAAUGGCAGAAACCAGCAAACCCUGUGGGUUUCCAGGAACAAGUGGUUUGAGUAUGUUUGUUUAUGGAUACAGGUGAUGUGCUGUCAUGUGAUUCAGUGUACCCAUGUAAGUUAGACUUUGAUUAAAUGAUGGCAGAGUUGCACAGAACGGUGUUGUAGCUGCCGUAGAACUUUUUUUUUUCCCCUCCCUGUUCUGUAAUCUCUCACGGGAAAGUGAUCUUGCGUGAACAUGAAAAAUUGAGGCACCUUUAUGCACUAAUGUAAAUAAGUUGGGAGCACAAACUAAAGUUGACUUGGAAAGUGCCGACUCAGCCAGCGUACUUAAAUAAAAUGAAAUAAAAUUGCACACUUUGUUAUACAUGUCUCUACGAGACAUAUGUCAAGCACUUAAAUUACUUUCUCUUUAGAUUCGGAAGAAAAAAAAAAAACUUAUGUGCAAUUCCUGGAAAUUUUCAGGAAAGCACGUUAAUACUACAAAAAAUAAUUUGAAUGAAUAUUAUAGAUAUUUAGAAAUGGAUAUUGCUUUUCAAAUAUUUUUUUAAAUAGCCAGUAAUGUGCAGGAAUUUAGAAAUGAUAUUACGUACAGUGCACCAUAUGUGGAGGAACAUCACUGUUUGUCCCCUUUGCCAUUUGCUGCCACUUUGACUAUUUAGAAUCAUCUGUGCAUGCUCGGUUACUCCUCUGCGAAUUGAGCAGUCUGCCAUAAACGUGAAUAUGAAAUAAACAAAAUAUUUUAUAA